AUGAACAAAAUUCACCCCCAGAGAAAUGGUGAUGUAACUACUUUUGAUUCAGCCAAUUCCUUCUCUGAGGAACAAGAAAUCCUGGCUUUUAGAUCAAAGCUCGUUACCUCCCACCUUUGCCUCCCAACAGGCUGCUGCCGGCCAUGCUGUGCCCACCUGUGCUGCCCACCGAGACGGGCCUGCGUUGUGCUGCUGCUCCUGGCUGCCAUAGCAGCCAUUGUGGGCCUGGCAAUCGCACUGGGACUGCAGCUGCAUGCACCGGUGAACCGCCCCUGCGUAGCCACCCAUAACUGGACAGGCUUCUUGUGCAAUGACAGAGUGACCUGCAUCCCAGCCAGCCAGGUCUGUGAUGGAACUGCCAACUGCAGAAAUGGAGAGGAUGAGCAGGAGAAACUCUGUGGUGACCUGCCCCGCAGCCUGCCGGCAUACCUGGUUUUCCACUGUGGUAACCCUGAGUACUGGGUCUAUGCUGACCAGAGGUGUAAUGGGAUGAACGACUGUGGAGACUGCUCUGAUGAGAUGGGGAGCUUGGCUGCCUGCCCUCCCUGCGGCCCAGCAUGGUGGAGCUGCAGCCCUGUUCACCACGAGUACUGCUCCUGUGUGCCCAGGGCACUGUGCCGGGAUGGUGUGCAGCACUGCGUGAGCUGGUCAGACGAGUACCUCUGCAGGCCGUGAGGUCUGGGCACCAAGAAGAGUUAGACAAGGCGAGGUGCUUCCUGCACUGUCACUUCCUGCUGUGCCACCACCCUGGAACUCUGGCAUAAGCAGGCCCAGGUGAGCAGCUGCAAAAGGCCUGCAGCAGAGAUGGGUGCUGCACUGCUGGCAUCCCGGUGCUGCAGGCUGGGCAUCAGCUGUGGGACACCUUCAUGGGUUUUCCUGAGCACAUGCAUCUCUUGGGGCUCUGAGGGUGCAGAGUGGCAGGUUGAUGCUUAAUGAGCAGCUGUUGGACUGAGAUGUGUUAUAGUGCAGUAAGAAAGUGAAAAAGGAGGGAAACAAAGUCUGUUGCAGCCUUGGAGCUGUGAGCAGAGGAGAACCAAGAGCUGCUGCCAGGCCAUGGGAUGACAUGGGAUCUGCUCAGUUUGCUCCUCUGCCACUGCCACAGGACCAGCCAGCUGCCUUCACAGCACCCACGAGAUAUAGAUACAGAUGUGCCAUUGAAAUGUAAGAAAGCUGUGGUCUUCCUAUGUUCUUUUGAAAACCUCGUCUAUGUCUGAAACAUCAAUCCCAGAUUUAGUGUUCCAGGCCCAAAAAAAAUCACUGGGCACUAUUCUUCCUGCAGGUCAUAGAUCUUCAAAAAUAAAUCCUGGUUCACUCGUUUCUUCUCUGUCCUGUGAUCUGUAACUCGGCAUCUCUCUAUGACUUGUAUAAAUGUGAAUGUUUGUUCUAAUUUGUAGCUGGGAUACAGCCAUAGCUCUGAAAGAUCCUUUAAAAAUAGCUGCACUGUGUUCUGACUCAUGCUUUACCUAGAAUGAAACGGCAAAACUCAGCACAAUGGUACUAUGGAGAUGUUUAGAGCCAUGUUUAAUAACCUGCCUGUUUCCAUGCCACGUAGGAUGGGUGGCUUGCUUUCUCUGUGUUGGUGCAACAUCACUGCAGUGUGCUCAGUGCUGCAGCUCAAAGAGUGGUUGAGAGUAUCUUAGGUAAAUGUUUCUGACGUUCAGGCUACCACCCUGUCAGAACAUGAGAUAGAGCUGCACAGUUUUGCUAGAAAAAUCACUGGCAUCUAACACUGCAAUGAGGCUGAUUUGGGGUUGGUAAAUCCUGGCUUCUUGUAGUUGCUGUGGUUGGGAGGAGGAUGCUGCUCAGGCUGGGCCACGUGGCGCUGCUGGAUUCCCCAGUCCAUGUUUGUCAUUUGGUGCAGCAGCUCCCCUCCUUGGUGGUGGAUCUGUGCCUUAGAGCUCUAAAGUGAGAUCAAGGGGUUGAGGACGGAGCAGUAAAUGUGCUCGAGUCAUCCUUGGAUAAAAUGUGCACAAGGGUGUGUUGAAAAGGGCAAGUCUGCCAGUCAGCAUGAAGAGCUAAGGAAAGGGCUAAUUUUAUCAGGGAUGGAGAACAUAAGCACAGUGCUUUAGAACGCCUCUUUUGAAAAGUGAGGUUAUACUGUAUUGCUUUACUGAUGCUCCUGUGACCUGACAGACCCUCCGUGCCACAUCACACUAUGCCUAUUUGGUGUGUCAAAGCUCCAGCUCCCAGCUGCUUGACUGUGGUGAAGCAGUGCACACAGUUCUAUGAGGUGGACAUCUCUUCAUGGUCACAUUAACAGAUGGUAAUUGUGGAAGGUCUAGCAAAGCAAAAGCAAUCCAUGCUGGCUGAUGAACCAUACUGCAGCUGCAGGAGCUGCACUGGGCCUGAGCGUCACAGCCUGUCAAGCUGUUCUGCUCAGUCACUGUUUGUGCCGUUAUUUGCCUCAGAAGAGGGCUGAUGUCUUCAGUGGAUGCUAUAAAUAGUUUUGAGUUUCUGGGAAAAAAUGUAGGGCUUGAAUGUAAGAAAGCUUGUUUGUUUGUAGUCCUUUCUUUGAAGAAACUAUAGCAGUAAAGGAGCAAAGAGAGAAAGGCUCUUCUCUCAUCUCUACACAUUCUAGAGGCAAAAUUCCCUUUCUUGGCAUCUUUGCCAUUUCCAAGGAUGCACUGUUUGUGUUUGUCACUACUCUGAUAAACGCUGUGUAAGAGAUCCUCUAAAUAAGCACUAAUAGAGAAAACCUAUUUAAGUUCUCAGCCUUAAAGGACACAAGGAACCUCUCGGGCCCAGUUCAAGGCCACUGUGUACCUUAGCCAGUUUUGAUUUGAUUCCUGUCUGUGUGUUUCUGUGACAAACCUGUAGCAUUACAGCUGCACUCCUGGCUUUGGGCAGACAAAUGCAAAAUGAUUCUGAGCAUCUGUCCUCUGUAGGCAUUUGCUGGAUGUUUUAGAUGGUCAAGUAUAGAUAGCAUAUUACAGGCAUGUAUAAAUACUGAGAGUAGGUUUUAAAGCAUAAAAUGCAUGUGGAAUUAGCUUAUAAUACAAGAUAUGCUAUAUUACAACUGUAGAGUUUAAUCUCUACUGUAACCAGCAUUCAUUCAGCAUUCAUUUCUUGGAUUAAAAGGAGGGAUACAAGGGACUUCUGUUUGGAUUUCUGCAGUAACUACAUAACCAAGGGGAGUUACUGUCUCUCUGCUUUGUUCCCUCCCCUGGGGUCUGUGCUUAUCCUGUUUGCUUCCUCCCUUUGUCAGAACUGUCAAGAACAGCUUCAUGCUUACAGGCUGAGCUUUCUGUACUACCAGCACUAUUAAAGGCCCACUGCACUUAACAUGCAUAGUGCACCUUUAUUUCAU